ACUUUCAAUUAAAACGUGCUUUAUUAAUCUGUCGUGGUAUUCAUUAAAUAUUCAAAUUCUUGUAGGCCAGGUAUGAUCGUGCGCUGCUUUCUUUUCGAAGGCUCAGUUGAUUAGCUACACGUCGCGCAGCAGGAUCGGCAGAAACUCCUUGACAUUUCUCAUUUUGUGGUUAGGUUGAAGGAGUUGUGUUGUGAUUCUCAGCGAGUGCUUAUCCUGCUCAUUAUAAGUUUUUCUUUUGUGCUCCAAUUUCCUUACACUUAUAAACUCCUUCAUUUCGAUUGAUGGCAAAUCACCGUCACGUAUCGUAACAAUUACGAGAUGUCGGAAAAUACGCCUUCUCUGAGCGCCUACUUCGGUGACACCACCGACUCCAAGGCAGACAACGAUUUUUCCAGUCAAUUAGUGGAGAAGAUCAGUGUACUGGACAUUGACGAGCCUAAGGCAACAUCGCAGAGUGAGCCGAAUGUGUGUAGGUUGUUCGCGAAAACUCCGCAGCAACUUAAAGACCCUGCAGCAUCUUUUUUUGAUCUCAUUGGCACAUCAACAAGUAGCCCUAAUGCACCUACAGGAAUGCUUACAGAUUUGGGCUUGCCAUCAAGUGAAGAUGCUUAUGCUCCAAGGGUGGCAAUUGGAUCAGAGGCAGAUAGAAGAAGAGAUGCAUGGAUACCAAGUGAAAAGACAAGACAAGUAUUAAUAGCUUCUGCUACUGCCGCGUCCGGAACGUAUUUUCCAGAAAGGGAAAUGCUUACAAUGCCAGGUGUUCUACUAGAAGAAGAAUACGGUGAUAGUGUGGGUGAGACAGUCGCAUUGUGCCUGGGCGAGACGGAAGCAUCCCAACGACGUGCCUUCACCGCCAACGACGUCACGCAGGACGAACGUGGUCUGCGCGAACUCGUCCAAGCGGGCGCCUAUCGUUCGGCGAUAAAUCUUACCGGACGCCUGCUUAAAAUCUACGGCCAGGGUCGUGGUCGUGCCGGCCAUCCCAGCAAGCAUUCUCCUCAUUCGCUACAACUUUGGUUUACUCGAAUAGCGUUGCUUGUUAAAACCAAAGCAUUUCAAUUGGCGCAAGCCGAAGCGGAGCCGUUCGGCGAUCUGGACAAACCUGAUUUGUACUAUCAGUUCUAUCCGGAGAUGUUUGGCGGGCGGCCUGGUUCGAUUGCUUCGUUCUCGUUUCGUCUAUUAUUAGCCGAACUGCCAUCCCACUGUGGAAAACCUAAGGAGUCAUUGACUAAAUUAUUUAGUUUAUUGGCGACUGUUCGACAUAUGCUCAAAAAUCUAAAAGAAGGUUUGUGCGAGGAUGGUAAUCCUGCGGAGAUUGGCGCUAGCGAUCGAAGUGAUUCGAUCCGGUUGUGGACAGGGCGUGAAACUCGCAUUAUGCAUUCCAUAAUCAACUGCGCGCUUGCUCAAAAGGAUUACGAACUAGCUAUGGACUUGCUAGGACAACUUUGUGAUAGGGACGGUGCGCCCAAAGAUUCAUUGCUGUCAGCGUUGGGACGUUUACAUUUGCAGCUGGGAGACGUCGCAGGAGCUGAAGUAUGUUUUAAGGAAGCAAAGGAGCUUCGGGGGAGCGGACCACCUAAUUUUAGAGAGUUGGUCGAUCGGGGACUUAUUUCGGUCGCACAGAACGCGUUUACUGAUGCAUUUGCUUGCUUUCAAGAAGCGAGUGCAUUAGAGCCCUCAAAUGUGAUGAUACUUAAUAAUAUGGGAGUGUGUCUACUGUACAGUGGACAACUUAAGGAAGCAAUCGCCGUGCUUGAGUCGGCAAUAAGUUCGAAUUCGGUGCAGGGCCUGCACGAAUCAUUGUUGUUGAACUUGUGCACACUGUACGACAUGGAAUCCUCAAAGGGUCGUAUGAAAAAGUUUGCACUGCUGCGACAGAUCUCACGUUAUCAGGCCGACGCACCGGCAGCCAUUUUGGAAAAACUAUACGGCUGAUCGUGUUUUAAUUAAUUUCAUGUCGACAAAAUGUGCAUAUUAUAUUUAUUACAUAUUACAAUUAUUUUGAUGGACAAUCUAUUGCAAAACGAUGAAUUAAGAAGCAAAAACAUUGAUUUUUAUUUGGAAAUUUACGUGUUAAACCAAAAGUUGUCGCACUAAUAGAUAGAUUUUGCAAGGAAAAUAACAAACAGCAAUAGUUUGACCACUGGCCGUGCCAAUAAUACACUAAUACACGCUAAUUUAUUAGUUUAAUUCCUUCUAUGAAGUCACUAAACAAAUAUGUAGAAGAUUACCUUAAUUUAAAGAACGUUGCAUUGUAUUACGUUUUAGAAUUAACUUAUUAUUAUAAAACUUGUAAAAAUAUACUAGUUAAUUUUAUAGUGUUAGAUUUGUAUUUGUUUGCACAAAGUUUAGACCAGCAAGUGUGAUAUAAUAACAUUUAGAUAAGUAAUUGUAUUUGAGAAAUGAAUCAAAGGUAAAGCUUGUCAGCUAGCAAAAUGAUAAGUUGGAAUGCACAGAAUUGUCUAGUCAACUGCUUUACUAGUUGACUUUAUUUACACUCCAUGUUUAAUAUUAAAGCGAAGAACUCAUGAAUAA